CCAGUCACCUCCUGGACGAACCGAAGGACAGGCGCAUGCGCGAGGAGAAGCGGCAGGCGCUGUCUUUUCUAGGCCUUUGAUUCGCUGCUUGCACUUGAAGCACCUCCCACAUCGCUGAGGGGAAAGGGCAAGCGUGCGUUUGACUGACAAGGAUGGCGGCGCUCAGGGUCCUUAUAGACGUGCAAAAAGUGCUGGUAAAGGGGCAGUAUUCUGCUUCAUGGGCAAGAUGGUGCUAUUUUGCUUCACGUUGCCAAUAUUCAACGGCAUAUAAUGCUGAAGAAAAGACCUUUGACAAAAUUCUAAUUGCCAACAGAGGAGAGAUUGCGUGCAGGGUAAUCAAGACAUGCAGAAAGCUGGGUAUAAAAACUGUUGCAGUACACAGUGAUGUUGAUUCGGCAGCGGUUCAUGUGAAAAUGGCGGAUGAAGCUGUCUGUGUUGGCCCUGCUCCCACUAGCAAAAGCUACCUCAACAUGGAUGCCAUCAUGGAAGCCAUUAGGAUGACUGGGGCCCAAGCUGUCCACCCAGGAUAUGGGUUUCUUUCCGAAAACAAAGAAUUUGCCCGACGUCUGGCAGCAGAAAGCGUCACCUUCAUUGGACCUGACACUCAUGCAAUUCAAGCUAUGGGAGACAAGAUUGAAAGCAAGCUAUUAGCCAAGAAUGCGCAGGUCAACACCAUCCCUGGCUUUGACGGGGUGGUCAAGGAUGCAGAUGAAGCUGUCAGAAUUGCAAGGGAAAUUGGCUACCCCGUCAUGAUCAAGGCCUCAGCGGGUGGUGGUGGUAAAGGCAUGAGGAUUGCUUGGGAUGAUGAAGAGACCAGGGAAGGAUUUAGGUUUUCAUCACAAGAGGCACAGUCAAGCUUUGGAGAUGAUCGUCUGCUAAUAGAAAAAUUCAUUGAUGACCCCCGUCAUAUAGAAAUCCAAGUGCUAGCUGAUAAGCAUGGCAAUGGACUGUGGCUAAAUGAGAGAGAAUGCUCCAUCCAAAGGCGGAACCAGAAAGUAGUAGAGGAGGCUCCUAGCACAUUUCUGGAUCCAGAGACUCGAAGAGCUAUGGGAGAACAAGCUGUAGCUCUUGCCAAAGCUGUGAACUAUUCUUCUGCAGGAACAGUUGAGUUUCUUGUUGAUUCAAAGAAGAACUUCUACUUUUUGGAGAUGAACACAAGGCUCCAGGUUGAACAUCCCAUCACAGAAUGUAUUACCGGCCUGGACCUUGUAGAAGAAAUGAUCCGUGUUGCAAAGGGCUAUUCUCUCAGGCAUAAACAGGCUGAUAUCCCCAUAAAUGGCUGGGCAGUUGAAUGUCGCGUCUACGCGGAGGAUCCAUAUAAAUCUUUUGGCCUCCCCUCCAUUGGUCGUCUUUCUCAGUACGAUGAGCCACACCAUUUGCCAGGGGUGCGAGUUGACAGCGGAAUUCAAGAAGGAAGCGACAUCAGCAUUUACUAUGAUCCUAUGAUUUCAAAAUUAGUGACCCAUGGCAGUAAUCGUGCUGAAGCCUUGAAGAGAAUGGAAGAUGCUCUAGACAAUUACAUCAUUCGAGGUGUGACUCACAAUAUUCCCUUACUUCGGGAAGUUAUCACUCACCCUCGUUUUAUUAAAGGAGACAUCACUACUAAAUUUCUCCCUGAAGUUUAUCCUGAUGGAUUUAAAGGACACAGUUUGACACCUAAAGAAAGAAAUGAACUUCUUGUGACAACAGCUUCACUGUUUGUCACUUCACAGACCAGGUCACAUCACUUCCUAAAUAACACAAGAGUUCCAGUAGCUAAGAAUGAUUUGAAGAGCUGGGACCUUUCUAUUUUACUGGAUGGUGCUGCCCAUUCUGUUGUAGUUACAAAGUCGAAAGAUCAUUUCUCUGUGGACGUUGAUGGGACUAAAAUGAAUGUGUCCAGCGAGUGGAAUCUGUCUUCGCCCUUAAUGUCUGUCAACAUUGGUGACACUCAGAAGACCAUUCAGUGCCUUAGUCGUGACGCAGCUGGGAAUAUUAGCAUUCAGUUCUUGGGCACAGUGUAUAAAUUGCAAGUGUUGACGAAGCAUGCGGCAGAGCUUAGUAAGUACAUGCCAGAGAAGGUGGAAGAGGACACCAGCAGUAUUCUGAGAUCACCGAUGCCAGGGACAGUGGUGGCCGUUUCCGUUAAGCCUGGUGAUAUGGUUUCUGAGGGACAAGAGAUCUGUGUAAUCGAAGCAAUGAAGAUGCAGAACAGCAUGACUGCAGCUAAAACUGGAAAGGUAACAUCUGUGCACUGCAAACCUGGUGAAACCGUGGGAGAAGGGGAUCUCCUAGUGCAACUUGAAUAAAUCCCAUUCACUACAUAACUCUACUUGACACUUUAUAGAUUUCUGAUGAACUCUCUCAUACAUGUUUGACAUGACAUUCCUAUCAUACAGAUUUUAUACAGUUAUAUUUAUUACAGGUACAUGUGGGAUGAAUAAAAAUGAUUAUGAAAUA